UCGCAUCCUGCAUCCCAGGCUGCCCCGCGUCCACUCUCCCGGCGAGAGCCCAGCCGAGGCAGGAGUGCCCUCUGCUGGAGGAGGCCACCUGGCGCGUUCUCGGCCUGGCGGCCCGGCCCGGAGAAGCGAGCUGGGCGGCCGCCUGCCGGGCCGUCCCGGCUCCGCCCGCCCCCCCCGCCUUCCCCGAGGCCCGCCUCCUGGGUGGCACCGGAGCGCGGGCCCGCCCCGAGCCCUGCCCCGAAGCCCGGGUCCUGCGGCCGGGUGCUCUCCCGCGCGGGUGGCCAGGCGAGCUCGGGGCCUGCACGCGGCUGGCCGCUAGGCCUGCCAGGGAGCUCGGGGCGCACAGCAUGGCCUGUGCAGGCGCCAGUGGUGGCGGCGGCUGCUACGAAGACGAGGGCGACGCCGCGGUGUCCACGGCGGCCGUGGAGGUGUUCGCGAAGCUGAAGGACCUCAACUGCCCCUUCCUCGAGGGUCUUUAUAUCACAGAACCAAAGACAAUUCGGGAACUGCUGUGUAGUCCUUCGAAGUAUCGCUUGGAAAUUCUGGAGUGGAUGUGCAUACGGGUGUGUCCCUCCUGGCUGGACAAGUUCAGCUCACUGGAGGGGUCCCCAGCUGAUGAGGUGAAGGUCCAAGAGAUGGUGAAACUAUGCUACGAGCUGAUGCUGUGUGGGCCGGAUGACCAGGAGCUCCUGAAGGGCCAGGCCUGUGCCCAGAAGCAGCUGCACUUCAUGGACAAGCUGCUUAAUGCAGUCCAGAGCCUGACCACUGGAUGCUCCAGCAUGAAGGAGCCCUCCAGGGACACCAGGAAGAUGAAUGAGGUGCUGCUGGGGACGGUCUUCAGUCCACACCUGCAGACACUCCUGACCCCUGAGUGUGGCUCAUGGCCCCUGGACGUGCAGCCCAUCCUCAACAAGCAGAGUGAUGACUGGCAGAGGGCCAGCCCCUCUGUGGGCUCGGAGAACGUGAAGGUGGCGGAGCUGGCCAGGCACCUCCAGGAAAGUGCUGCCAAACUGCAGGCGCUCAGAGUGGAGGACUUUGUGCAGCCCACACAAGGGGCUGCCGGAAGUGCUGCUGACACCACCGCCCUGGAGCAGAAGCUGCGCCUGGUCAUCUCCGACUUCUACCAGCUCGUCGCGGCUUUCCUCCAAGUCUAUGAUGAUGAGCUGCGAGAAUGCUGCCAGCACCCAGACCCCUAUCUCCACCCGUGUGGCCCCAUCAUCCAGGCUGUGCACCAGACUCUGACUUCGUGUGGCCAACUGUUGAAAGCAGUUAUGGAGGUCAGUGGCAUGUCGGUGAAACCUGUGGAGACGGCGAAGCAGCAGCAGGACAAGCAGAUCUGGUGGGACAGUAACAGUGCCUUGAUGAGUUUAGUCACCAAAAUGGAGGAACUAACCCAGAAAUACAAGAUCCUCAAUGACAGUCUGCACAAAGGCACGGAGUAGUCGGAGCACGAAGCUCCGCCCUGAAGACGCAGGCAGCCAGGGAGGGCAGCACCUCCGACAGAGGCAGCAGUUACAGCUGCUGUGUUCUCGGGGGCACAGGGUCCCAGUGCCCAGCAGUUUGGGAGGGGAAAGGAUGAAGGGGACCUCAGAUUAUAAGAAGCGGUCUCUAGCCUGUUGGCCUCCCUG